AUGCCGCAGGCAGAGUCGCGCCAAGGCGCAGUUGGUUGUGUGAUGAUGGACGCAGGCUCGUUGCCUUCCAAGGAACUGGGCAAAGCUCGGUCACGCUGCCGCACAUGGAUGCUGCGGUUGACGAAACAUUUGUCUCCACUCAGCGUUUAUGUCGCACAGCCUGACGCCUCGGAGCCGUUGGGUUUGAUUGCAUUGAAUGCGGGUGUACAAACGGGUGUUAGCCCGUUUGCGCUGCGUCAGGCCCUUCUGACACACGCAAGCCUGACCGAUGAGGCGCUAACCGUUUACUUUAGCUCGCUGCUUCCGUUCGCCUUAGUCCAUCUAAGCACGUCCGCAAGGGCGUCGUUGCCUCUUGUCACCGGCGCCUCGGAAAUGGAAAUUGAAGUUGAAAAUACAGUUGGAACUGUGUGCAUGAUUCGCACGCCGAAUUUAUGGGCUGCUGGUUCAUCGCCGAGUGGUGGACUUUCACUGCUGUACCUGCUUUGGUGCAGGGUGGAUGCGGUACUGAAUGCGUUGCGCCACGUUUUCCAGCCACCCACAGUAGGCGUGGAUGCAACGCUGUUUUGUGAAACAUCGCCUCCCGCAGAAGCUGAAGAAGAGACGGCGAUGCGGCUGCUCAACUGUGAAGCUGUCCGCGAAGUGCCGGGCGUAUACAUUGUAAGGGAAUUUAUUACGCAGCGAGAGCAUGAUGCAAUCUGGUCUGAGCUAAAAGGACCUGCGGCGUUGGGGCUUGAGUUUGAGACUCUCGCACGCCGCAAGGUUGCUCACUUCAACAGAAAGUUUUGCUAUGGGAUAAACCAGCUUGGAGCGGGAGGGGACUCGGUGAAUGCGAGGCCAGCCUUCUUUGAGUGGAUGCGGCGGCGUCUAAAGAACGAAGAUCUAGCUUGCAAGCUGCAGGACUAUCCUGCCGUGGCUCAGGCCUUUUUAUGUGAUCAACUGACAGUGAACUUUUAUGAGUGCAAGGGUACGGACGCUCCAGGCAUUGCACACCACGUGGAUGCCCACUCAGCGUGUAUGGACUGCGUCUUUGUUGUUUCCCUGGGCUCCCACACGGUUUUGGAAUAUAGUCGACAUGACUUACCCCCGGAAGUAGCUGCACCUGUUGGUAUUUUUGCGGCACCGAGAAGCUUGUUACUCAUGACAGGAGAAGCACGGUAUUCUUGGACUCAUGGCAUUGCCGAGAAGCGGGUGGAUAUACUUAGCGAUCGAAUUCCACCGUUGCGGCGCGGAGACCGGGUGAGCCUUACGUGGCGCCGUGGUCGUGAGGCGCCACACCUUCGCGCUGACUGUGUCUGUAAGGAGUUGUGCGAUGGUACGUAA